CCAGAAACAGCAGCAACAGCAACAGCAACAGCAGCAGCAACAACAAGAACAACAACAACAAUACGAACACCACAACUAAAAGCCAAAACCCGACAAACUCGAGCCGAGCGUAGGUCGGGCUGGCUGCAGAACAAACAAGUCAUCUAACAAAAAUACGAAAGAGUAUUCAACAGAAGAAAAAAAAAACGUAAAACAGCAGCAGCAGCAGCAACUAGCACUGGAAUUGCCAGCUAUAUAGUCAAGCGAGCGAGCACUUAUAGCAUACGACGACGUCAAUAAACACGAGUGCGACGUUGUGCGCUACUAAUACCAGCAACAACAGCAACAACAACCCUCUCAACUUUAAAUGCGGCUGACGCGAGUGGCUGGCAAAAUGUCAAACCAGCAUUAAAAGGAGUCUCAAUAAGAAGAGCACACAAAACGUGCACGUGAAGAGAGCGCCAAUACACGCUCUCUCUGAGAGAAAACAAAAACAACCGCGCAAUUGACUUUUUAGCAGCUUGAGCUUUCAUUUUGAGGACGCUGCGCAGCUGUGGUUAACGAAGAGCAGGCAAAGAGGAAACGCGAACUAUAGCAACUGCAUAUGGCGAGCAGCUCAGCAGCCAUGGACACAACUACAGCAACAACUACAAAAAGAGGCAACAACAAGAACAAAGGGGGCAAGGAAAAAUCGCGUCGCAACGAGCGCAACAUUUUGACUUUCUAUGAGAAAAUUGCGGUUAUACGUUAUUACGAUGAAACGAACAUUUCCCGCAACAGCCUGGCAAAGAUGUUCCAUUGCUGUGCAACCCAAAUACGGCGCAUUCUGGAGAAGAAACGUGAGCUACUGCAGCAGCUGGCGACACUGAGCGAGGCGGAUGCCUCCAUCAUUAUAGAGGAGAUGACGCGCAAGCGCCGCAAGUUCGAGAUGAGCGCCAUCAGUUUUCUACUGCACGAGUGGGUGGAGCGCUGUCGCCAGCUGCGCCUCGGCGUGAGCAUAACGAACCACACGCUGAAGGAGACGGCACUCAAGAUGGCAGCGGUGCUCAAAUUGCCAGCCUUUAGACCAUCCUAUCGUUGGCUAAAUCGCUUUCGCAGCAAAUACAAGUACGAGGAGGAUGAACUGGGCUACACGGGCUCUUGCCCGGUGGCGAGUGUACUCCCCCUGGAACAGAUUAUAGUGGAGUUUAAGCAGGCGCUGCCCAAUUUCAUGCAAAAGGAACUCGCCGAUAUCGACAUGGAUGGAAAGAUGGGUGUAAUAACUCCUGAGUUGGUCAACUUGUCGAGCGAGAACAGCGAAAUCUCCGAUGGGGAGGACCUAGACGAUGAUGGUAUCGAAAUGGUGACCUGUGAGCCCAGUGUGCUGCCUUCGCCGGCCAGCACAUCGGAUGGCGAGGACGAGCCGCCAAUGCCACAACUGUCGCAACAGCUGGACGGGGAUGCCUCGAUUAAUAUGAUCAUGAAUGCCGGAACCUGCACGCUGCUGGGCAGCGUCUUUCCCCACUUGGCCAUUAUACACCAAUUCGCACUGAUGAACUCCGAUGUGCAGGCAUUGGAGCUGAUCUCACAGCUGGGCGUGCACAUGCAGCAGCAAGCAACAACUGGCGCCUAUCACGUCCUAUCGCUGCCUACAAAUGGCGAAGCGCCGGCUUUGCCAGCCCCAGAGCUGCCGCCGGGCAGCAUUUAUGCAGACAUAGAUGAUAUCGAGUUGAUUGAAUAGAAUUUACCUUAACUAAUGCUUAGCCGUAGCUCGUAAAAUAAAGUCAAAUAGCACUUA